ACGUAUCCCACAGUGCUCUAGUGGCCACUCUACACAGGUAAAGGUACUCUUCUGCUGGCCAGGUAAACAGGAAAAGCCCCGGGAAGUUUGAAAUUCCAUUUCCUGCUUGCACAGCGUGGAGCUCUCAGCAGCAGAGAGAAGAAUGCAGUCUCCUGAAAAUAGGAAAAGAGCUCCAGCAUGGAGCACACAGGAGUUACUCGAUCUGAUAGCUGUAUGGGGAGAAGAGUCAGUGCUUUCAGAACUGCGCUCGAGCAGACGAAAUGAGAAAACCUUUGAAAAAAUUUCUAAUGCCAUGCGGGAGAGGGGACAUACCAGGGACUCGUUACAGUGCCGAGUGAAAGUGAAAGAGCUCAGACAGGCGUAUCAGAAGACCAAAGCAGCAAAGGGCAGGUCAGGCUCUGCCCCCAAAACAUGCCGGUUCUACGACGAGCUUAACGCAAUAUUGGGGAACAGCGCAACGACGAACCCCCCCUUGUCUGUUGAUUCAGAGGUGGGCGUCGUGAUUCCUGCAACUACGGAAGAUUUAUUUGAUGGCGAUGAUCAGUAUGAUGAGGACCAAGAGGAGGAGGCUCCAGCAGAGAGCACAGAGCAUUUUAUCCCCCCAAACAGCCAGGAUCUUUUCCUCACCCUUACUGAGGUUCCCUGCCAGCCAUCUCAAGGCAGUACUCCAGAAAAUGAAGCUGAGGGACCGUCCUCUGCUGCACAUUUCUCCAGCCUCCCUCUCGCUUCUCAUCUACGUGGGGGGGGUAUCAUAAGAAGACUGAGGAAAAGGAGGACGCGUGAGGACAUGUUCACCGAAAUUAUGGCAGUAACCCGUACAGAGAGAGCUCAGCAGGGAGACUGGAAGCAAUUGGUCGCAAAGUACAGGGAGGCUGCCAGUCAACGCGAAGACAGGAGGGACGCCAAAAAUGAUGUCAGGUGGCAGGAAGAUCAGCGCUGGCGAGCAGCAACUCUGGAUCUUCUUCGUGAUCAGACUGACAUCCUCCGCGAUAUGCUGCAAGAGCUCCGUGGUUUCAGAAUGCCCCUACAGCCCGUGUAUAACCUCCCUCAGUACUCACCCUGUCCCACACCUUCCAGAACCAGGCGUGUAAGAACGCGUGGGAGAAGGCUCUCUGCACCAGCCCCCUCCACCGCUGCGGACACUCCAACCAGAAGGCUUUCAUUAGAUUGAAAAGCCCUUUGUGUCCUGUUUUUUCCCUCCUCUAAUGAU